AUCAUCUGUUCAGAAAAUGUUAGCCAGCAGUGCCAGCACGUGUGCCCCUUUUCCUUUUAUUAAGUUUUUCCAACAUAUCCAAUAAUAUGUUGACCAUGGACAACCUGCAAAAAACAGAGAAAACCUCACGACAAAAGAAGGAAUACCGUAUGCUAAACAAGAAAAGGAAGCUUGAGGCGUUUUUCAACAUUGCUUUGGCAAACGACAAGCAAAGAAGGGCAAAGGAAGAACCAAUAAUUUGUAGUGAAGAACCUCCUAAAAAAAUGAGGAAAGGUACCCAACGGGGAGACAUAAGUGUUUUCAAAAAAGAACGAGUGGAAUACAUGGAGUCAGAAAAGAAGAAAAAUGGAAUAAUAUCUGAGAGGAAAAAAAGGCUCUCCGAAGAGGAGUAUCAAGAGUUGAAGAAAACUUUAAAGGAGCGGAAAAAGUUUCUUAAGGAUCAACCAAGAUUUUGGCUGAGAGAAAAUGGCAAGAAGGCCACCCUGGAACUUUCUCCUGCCCAACGAAUUCCUCUUCUCAUGGGCGACGUGCAGCAGCUGGUCCUCUUCGGCCUGGUGGGCAACCACAUUUUCCAGGACCACAACAGAUGGUGCCAUUUGGACCACCAUGGGAAGGUCAGCCAAGUCAUGGUGAUGAUUCUGGAAGGAGUUGGCUACGGAGAUCUGACUGCACCAAUUCCUGGAAAACCCAAACGCUGCAGUCUCUUUGAAAGCACGUUCCCCAACCAAAUCGAGCUGAUUGGGUCCGACACCUACGACAGAAACAUCGUGGACGACUUUUCCCUUGUGCCGCUUUCAGCAAAGUCGUGUCGAGCCCUGUUUUUGAAAUACGGCAACAAAGAGGCAGAGUUGAAGUCCAAAAUUUUCAGAACUGCCUUUCCCGUUGGAGUAGUAAAAUCCGUAGUGUCUGUCGAGGUUGCUGAUAAUGAAACAAAGGAGGCGAAGGAAAGUAAGGUGGAUGUGCCAGCGCCUCUUCCGGCACUGCCCCCGACAGACCGAUUUUCGCGAGUGCAUCUCAUCCUGUCUCCCUCUCAAUUGCUUGAGGAGCGGUAUCCGCUUCCAUUGGGAGAGUUGGCCACCCAGUACGGCAACUUUGUCAUGACAAAGGACAGAUACGCUGAGGUGACUGCUCAUUCACCUAUGUUUGGUCUCGAUUGCGAAAUGUGUUUGACCACUGCUUGGAAGAAUGAGCUGACCCGCGUGUCGAUCGUCAACGAGAAUCACGAACUGGUGUAUGAAUCUCUUGUAAUGCCCUACAACAGAAUCACCAACUACUUGACCCAGUACUCGGGAAUUACGAGAAAGAUGAUGAAUGGUGUCAAAACGAGACUGAAAGAUGUGCAGAGAGACAUCAGAAAUCUGCUGCCGCCAGACGCCAUUCUUGUGGGCCAAUCGCUGAACGGGGAUUUAAAAGCUCUGGAGAUGUUCCAUCCAUACUGCAUUGAUACCAGUGUGAUCUUCAACAUUAAUGGCGAGCGGAAGAAGAAAACCAAGCUGAAAACGCUCUACAAGAUGUUCAUCGGAGGCAAUAUUCAAGAAGGAAAACAAGGUCACGACUCUGUUGAAGACGCUGCUGCAGCAUUGAAACUCGCUCAGUUCAAGCUCACAAAAUCCCCUGAUUACGGAGAUGCUGUGCUGGGCUUUGACUUGGCGAAAUACAACGCGCAGCACGGCGAAGGAGGAAAUAAAGAGAAGCUGGACGCAAUCCUGGAGGAGGAAGAGCCAGCUGACCAAACUAAUUACAAAACUGUGGACAUCGACGUGCCCCAGCCAGAGGUUCUCAAGGUCAUGGAAGCAUCGAGCGUGUUCACAAUCGCAGCCAAGAAGAAGAAAGUUGGCGUUUUCGCGACAGCGGAUGUAAUGGAGUUUUAUUCCAAAUACCUGGAAUAUCCGCACGAUAGCAUUCAGGACGUGAUCAAACCCGGCUCUCACGGAUACGUGAUGGAAACAAAUUACAAAGUCGUGAAGAGCGUGUGCCACGAGCUGCCGAAAUUCGACUUUGUCAUCACCCACAUGAAGGCGGAGGCUGGCUCCGAGAAAGACAGAGCUCGAGUUUUGAACUCAUGUCUCAAAGUGUCGGAGAGCUUGAAAGAUAAUUCUUUGAUGGUUGUGAUCGCUGGCGGUGGAAAGGUGCCAGAAGGCGUGGAGCCGCAGCCAGAAUCAAGACCAGGAUGCUUCAUUGGCGUCAAAGUGGCUCCCUUUGUCAAAUUAUAAAUUUUGAGCAUAUUGGAAAUAGGGUAGAAAUAUUAAAAUUUAGACUCUUAAUAAGUUCAAGAUUUAAAUUUCAUUCAAAUUUUCCAAAAUUCAUACAUUUUUCUAACAGUUUAAGUGUGCACAUUCGGUUUAAGUACUGCUAUUUUCACAAUACAUAGUUUUUAAUGCAUAUAUAAUGGUGUUAUGUUUUCUCCUGUGGAUUCCAUUAUUAUUUGUCCUGUACUUUCUCCCCCUCAAGUGGGAAGGACGUGAAAAUGGAUUCCCUUGAUUAUUUUUCUGGAAUGUAACUAAUCACAGUUACGGUUCUAAGACACUGUGGACUCUAAAAUAAUACACAGCAAGCAAGUAUGUAUUACAAAAAUGCCAUGUCACAGGUGGUCAAAUCAGUUUACAUCAUUCAGGAGUGGAGGUUUGCUAUGUAAUUCGCCAAUAAGACACAACAUUAACCCUAGCUGGCAGCAAUAAAAGUGAAAAUUAUAUAUAAUAUUGAAAGCACUCAUUCCUAAUAUUUUUUUAUCACAUUAUCUCGAUCUAAAUGAACAAAUUGAAAGUUUGUCAUUCCUAAAGACGUAAAGUACAAUUCCAAGUGCGUCUAAGCGUGCUAGACAAUUUGGCACGAAAUUGACGUCAAAGAGUAUAUUCACUCAAAAACAUGGUCUUUGGUUUAAUUAAAUUAAAAUUAAAAAUGACAUGAAUUUAGUGAGAGUUUGCUCCAUAGUUUCGUGUAAAAACA